AUGCAAUGUGCAUCCCUUCAACAGCCCGUACUUGGCAAAAUAUGGCACAUCACGCUUUCGGUGACCUCCUCAACCCCCCCCCUCGAGCCAGGGCUCGGUCAGUUCGCGAGCCGGUUCGAGUGCCGUCUCACUGCACAGCCUCAACAAUCACGACAGUUUGAUCACACCCAAAAUAACAGCGGCAAGUCGGUCCCCGGCCUUGAAUCGCGUCGUCGUCCCAAGGUGAAAGCAUUGACCACUGGUGUGGCCAAACCCCCUCGCAAGGCAACUGCCACCCCGGCCCCCGAAAACCAGAAGCGGCUUCGUACUCAAUCGCCUACCGAGGUUGAACGGCCCAGGGAACGGCCCCUGGGCCGUUCAACCUUGCUUAACACCACCGAACAAAGCGACGACCCCUUCAGUCACUUCCAACCCACAACCGGCGAAACUGUGGCCAACUUCCGCGCUCUCACGGACGAGGAACGCAACUUCAUUGACCGAAUGACGUCUUCUGCUGAGCUGGACGCGAAGCAUAGUGACUAUGCUCGAGAACUUGGCGAGGUCAAUGGCGAUGACUAUCGCCAUUUGGCGCUUUGUGGGAAUAUUGCAAGGACCCAAUUCUACCUUUUUCAAAUCUCCCAACAGGUUCCCACCCUCGCGGAACAGGUGGCCGAACAGUUCGGAAACCUUCACCAGGAUCUCACUGACAAAAUGAACGUUAUCUCAGCCAACGUCGACGAUCGCAGUGAGGCGGUUCACUCUGGCGUUAUCAGACAAGCACCCACGGCGACAUCGACUUCGACUGCGACAUCGACUGCGACAUCAACGUCGACCUCGGCAUCAGCGGCCUCUGCCGAAGCCGCUCGCACGGCGACAGUUUCCGAGUGGAAGGCAUCGCGCCAGCUCAAACUCCGUGUCGCAAAACAAGACGCAGAAUGGGUUGCUUUACACCUUCCCAAGCAAAUUCGAGGAGUUAACAAUGGUGAAGGGCUCCGCAAGUACGCGACUGCUAUCAGGGACUCGGGUAAACACGCCCGCAAAAAAUUACACUUAUUGUUAUUAACCAACGUGCACAACCAAAAGCAUGGGGUGGUGAAGGGUGUGGCCGUGCCCACACUCAUGGCAUUGUGGCAUCAAAUUGCGUUGAAAUGUGGACUAAUUGGGGGAGAUGUAGAUGCCAUAAGAUCUUGGCGCGCGGCGGACGAGGUCACUCGAGGCAGGAUUGCAUACCUGCGUCGCAAAGCCACCCGUCUUCGACAAACCCCUUCUGCAACCAACAUAUGGUCUGAGGUGGAGAAGCAGCUUGACGUUCUCCGUGAUAAAGAAAAGGAUCUACCAGAUUACACAACUUCCUUCUAUGAUAUCAUCUAUCAGAAUGACAUAGAGAUAUUCAACGGCAAGAGGAGUUGGAGUGAGAUCAAGGAGAACUAUGUGAUCACAUUACCCACGGAAGACGCGAUUAUUGCGGGAACGUCUGAGGGAGUUGAGGAAGCGGUUCCACCUCUAGGAGGCGAGGGAGAUGGCGAAGAUCUACUGGCCCGCGACUCGGGUCUUGCGGUCAUUGCAAUGGACCGUGAAUGUUCUCUACUCGGGGAGUACCGCUGCGGGUCAUCGCUUGCGCGCCCAUAUACCAGUCAGGCGGCGGUUAGACGGCCUGCCGUUGAAUCUCGCCCCAGGCGUGGCGGCCUGAGGACUGCUUGGCAUAUCGACCUGGGGGCCGUCCGCGUGGGGGCUACCUGCAGACCGCCCAUCCGCCUGCAAGCGUGGGCGGUCUGCAGGCCGCAUAAUUUGGCGGCCUACUGGCCGCCUGGGCCUACCCGUGGUGUACCCAACUCUUCAACCACUACCACCCUUUUCGCAUUCCCAUCCACUCUUUGUCUUCCCAUCUCGACUCAAUCUCUUCUUUCUCAAACCUUUGGUUCACUCUCAAUCUCUCCUCAUUUCAAUCGCUCCCUCGUUCCUAUUUUGUCUUCUUUGACUCAAUUCCGUGAUUUUAUCAAUUCUAUCCUCAAUGUGCUUCAUUUCUAUUUUGACUCCUUUCAACUACUUCUCACUCACUGUUCCCAUUCACACUCGAUCGAUCAUUAA